AUGAGGUGGAAUAACAACACAUCUGGGUUUGUCCUUAGGAGGAUGGCCCAGUUAGUUUUUGAUGGCAGUAGGGCUGACAAAUGCUUCAAGGAUAAGGAUAUGAACUAUGUGGCAAAGGCUUUAUUAGAUUACUAUGGUGAGGCUGAUAUCAAUGCCAUAAUGCUUGAACUUGAGCACUACAUGCCCUUGCGCAAGAUUGAGGCCCAGGGCUUUACCACUGCUGUUGAUAUCAAAUAUAGCCCUGAUAUGGGUGAGGGCAGCAAGGCAACUGAGCUGCUCACUUCCAAUGUGGGAGUAAAGAGAAAGAGGGGUAAUUUCAAUGAGGAAGAGAUGCUGAUGAUGACUAACAUGACUGAUGCUGUCAACAACGUAGCCUCUACACUUAGAGAGACUAGGCCUGCACAUGUGGAUCCUGACCUCUAUCUUGUUGUGAUGGAGAUGCCUGGCUUCACCACUGAAGCUCUCAUUGUUAUCUACACCUACCUGCUGGAAAACAAGGCCCUAGGCAGGGGCUUUGUGAACAUGGCAAUAAGCCAUAGGGACAUUUGGCUAAGGAACUACCUUGCCAAGAACUACUAUAUGUAG